UGACACCAGGGAUUUUCGCCCUUCAUGGCCAAUUCGUCACCGCCAGCGACUGCCACAGCUGCAAUCUGUGCCCCAUCUCCGGCCGACUCAGAGAAGACGGUGGUUCCGUUUACUACCCCGCCGGCAUCUGAGCAGAUGGCUGUACCAGACUCUGCAUCGUCCAACUGCCCUGGCAAGGCCUUGUUCUCGACCGACUUGAACCGACGGCCACCAAGGACACUCAAGCCACCCUACCCACCGGUCAUUGCUCGUGGAUAUGCCGACCAAAAGCAGGCUGUCGCCGACUAUGCCCACUUCUGGCGUAGCAAAUAUCCUGACCAAUACCAGUGCUUCUUCCCUCUGUGCGGCUGGACCAUCAACGACCUGUGGGAUGACUGGGAUAUCCACGUCGACUCACCGUCAUUCCUUGAGCAGGUCCUGGUAUUCAUCACGUGGGAAAACACCCACCACGCACGGGGUUACGCCCAUGUGUGGGCUACUGCGAACAAAGACCGCUUCUUGAAUAUUGUCUGCGGUGAUAUAAAUGAGCUCCAAGAUCCCGCCGGUGAACUCGCUACUGUCGAUAAGGUCUUCGUCAGUGGUGAAACCAACUUGUUCCCUCAUGUAUUCCUGUGGCACGUCUUCAACAUCAUGAGGGUGAGCAUCCACAACGUCAACAGGAAGCAGCACGAAGAAGCUCAGAAGCAUCACGAGACUACCGCCGCGGAGACAGCUACUAAGAAAGCUGAGAAUAUUACUGUCCCGCCAGAAGCCGUGGCAGUGCUCCAGCCUGCCAGGGCGUCUGCCGGGAGUGUUUCUAAGCAUCAGGCCGUGUCUGGCAGUGUCGCAAAGGCCACCCCCCCUAUGCAGCCACCCGCCAUUCCGCUACCGGUUACGCAUCCGUCUAUAUUCGCGCCAGCUGCCCCUACUAUCCGCGGCCCCAUUCCACCGUUUAGGCAAAACGCACCACUUCGAGGUGGUUAUCACAACCAACCAGCCGGAGGGUCAAUGAGUAUUAACCCUACUAUGCCCACUAUACCACCUAUGCCUCCUGUCCACAUGAACCAACCCCAAGUGAGGUAUCCAAAAAAUAGGAAUAUGCGGUCGGCGUCUGGCUCGUACAUCCAAGGAAUCCCAAUGCCACAGUCUAGCAUGCCUGGUGGAUGGGCUGAGAACGUGCCCGUGCCUCAUACCGGUCAACCGUCUCGACAGACUUCAGGCGCCAUGUCAGCCGUGCACUCGCCUCGAUACAGCCAGCCAGUUCCUAUUUCCCAGUCGGUGAUGCACUCCAUGAAUCCUAUGGCGCCUUUUCCACCGAAUCCUACGUUUGGGCCUCCAAUGAGCGGACCGAAUCAGAUGCCGUACACACCCAUGAUGAACCCCGCAAUGAUGGUACAACAGACCACACCAUUCGGUAGCCCAGCAAUGGAACCCGGCCAGCAGAACUACGUUUACGGCUCCUCUACUCCGCGCGGUGUGCCGAUUGGUGAUGUGACCAACAACAAUUCACAAUAUCCGUUCAUAGGCCCUCCACGAAUGGAUCAGCGCGGAAACAUGCCUCGCCGAGGUAGCCGUGCCGACAAGCAGCAAGGCCUCUACAAUCCCUACGGCUCGGAUAGGCCUGAUUUCUCUCACAUUCCCGCACAGCCCACUAGCAGGAAGACGGGACGUAAUAGUUUUUCUAAUCAACCUAACCGUGGCCGAAAGGCCUCAAUUGGUUCUUAUAACCGCAAUGCAUAUGGGCAAAACCCAGAUCCAGGUGACUUCAAUUUCCAGCGCCAGGGUGCCCGCCAGCCGGAGGUUAUACAGGAUUCUCCCUACGGCCAGCGCGGCUACAAAGACGAGGUUGACUUCAAUAUAACUCAAGACCGGGAGCGUGGUUGCGACGAGGGCUUCAUUGGAGACAAGAAUGAUUUUGUCGACUUCCUUUGGGUCGUGGAAUUCCCUGUCCACAUGAAGGAUGACGCUAUUAGGAGGUUAUUCGAGGAGGCCACCGGCGUCAAGGUUACCCAAGUGCGCAUGCUAACUGAUAAACGACACAUGCCGAUAGCAUACGUUCACUUUAAUACCCCUGCGGAUGCAAAGAAAGGUCUGAAAGUCAAUGGCCAACUGGUUGGGGGUAAGAGUAUAAUUGUGAGGGUUCCGAAACAUUUCUACAUGGUGAAGGAUCCGAAUUCGAAGCGUCAAUGGACGGCCAACUACUAUGAGCCUCGUCAGCCAGGACCCCAAUCUCUUGCCAAGGGAAAACAUCGAACAGCGCAUGGCGCACAGAAUAUUCUCGAGAAUGACAGAUUACCCAAUGCUCCCGGGCCAGCUUACUCUCCGCAAGAUGCGAGGAGUGACCUACAGCGCCGAACUAGCCAAGACCUUCCCAUGAUGCGAGGCAGCCCUGAGGCGCGCAAGUCGAAGAAGCAGCCAUACACAUCCCCGACGAAGGUGAAAAUUUUUCAGGAAGAUCCUGGAGAGAUUAAUGUCAAGGAGAGCGCCUCAACGGCCCUAACUACAAAGGACAAAGAAGAAUUCGUCAUGGUACAAUCCUCUUGUGCGUAUGUUGCCGAUAAAGUGCAAACCCCAGCGCAACAACCUACAAUCGCCGAGGCUCCGUCCAUUACCGUGGUUGAGAAAAAGACACCUGUCACGCCUAGGGCCGAAGAGACACAUCAAGUUGAUACCGAGACCCAAUCGGUGACUAAUUCACUCUCCCCAACCCAAGAAAUUCCCCAACAGAUCGAAGGAAUCAUUAAAGCAGAUCCUCCUAAGCGCGCUCUACCGCCACCACCGGAGCCGACCAACCAUACACCUAAGUCCCCACCGACUAACGAACGUCUCGAUUUAAAUAACUCUGAUCACGAGACCACUGUGGAAGGGUCUCUUGCAAAGCCGCCAACACCGGUCGAGGAUCCCCCUCCAGCGAGCCCCCUCCAGGACGAGCUUGAUCGUGACAUCCAGGUCCGAGAUAGCGAGGAAGCUUCGGACGACGACCCGAAGAACGACGUUAGCUUUCAUUCAGCGAAGGAGUCUCUGUCCGAUUCUGAAAAGCACGACGAAGCAAAAGCCACAGCCCUUCCGGGCACAGACGGACAGCCCCAGGACAUCACAGGGGCACCAACCUUGUCCACCAGUGCUGAGAACGAGUUGGGCGAACAAGCGAAUGACACCCCAUCCACCAUGAAGUCGCCAGCAAUCGAGCAGAAAGCACUUGCAAUUACAGGCGCACUCGUGGUGGAGACUCCUCGAGAGCCUACUUCUGAUGUUACACAAGCGCCAGCUAGCCUCGAGAAGAAACCAGGACCGAAACAGACCGAGUCCCUUUUCCCCAUGGCAAAGUCCAAAAACCAGAAGAAGAAGGAAAGGAAGGAAAAGGAAAAGGCGAAGGCGAAGUCAAAGGCUAAAACCGCUGAAAAGUCCACCUCAUCCAACAAAGCAACCGAAGGAAAUGCUGGAAAGGAUAAAGGUGCUUCGUCUCUAGCUACAACUGCGAGUGAAGCUGGAACGAUUGAGCAAGAGGUCAAAUUCCCUUCAGCUCCACCGCAAUCUUCGAGGUGUUUGGCAUCCGUGAGAGGGUCAAAUUUUGCGGCUCACAUGAAGGAUGUGGGCGUCUUGGUCACUGGAGACAAGGUUGACGUGAUGGGAGGCAGUGGUGAGUCGGUCACCGACCCUGGCCAGCUUGACAUGGAGGUAGAGGAUACAGUGUUAGGAGGUAAAGAAUCCAACCCCUCUACUAAGAGCAAGGAUGAUACUUUACGCUUAUUGCUUCAGACCUCUCUCCAGUGCACUCCUCUAUCGCCUCCAAAGUCUUCGGCAAGUGCGCAGUCUCAUAAAUCUACGGCCAUGCAAAAGCCAACACCAGCUUCAGCUCCAGGAGAGCCAUCUGCGAAGGAUAUGGAAGUACAAGAAGAAGCAAAGAAAAAGAAAGCGAUUCGUGAUAAGGUUGCCAUUCCGAAACUCAAUCUCACUGCUCGUAAGCCUUCGCCUUCUGGCACUGGCCCAGCGAGUGAUACUACAUUACAUUCAAAGUUCUCGAGCACCGUUCCAAGCCCCGUCGACGGAGAUGACAAGGCAGGGGUGACAGAGGGUCAAAUUUUACAGAUGAAGCAAGCUCUUCCACAUAUGUUGCGUGCGAAUGAAAAAGUCUUUGCAGAAUCUAAGAAUGUUGAGGAUCUUCCAGCAAAAUCUCCUUCAGGGUCAGUAUCAGCUGCGAGCUCCGACACUGUUCGACCAGAACCAUUCUCCCCAAGCCCAACGGCUGCCGACUUCUUCACACCAAUGCAGACGCCGAGUACCCUCCCGAACCAGGCUCCUACUACACUCCCUCCCUUUGAACAAGCACAAGCUAAGAAGUCCAAGAACAAGAAGAAGAAGAAGAAAGCAUCUGUUAUAGCUCCUCUUGAACUGAGUGGACCACAAACUUCAUCUGGUUCGUCUAGGAAGCGAGUUUCUAUCUUGGCUGAAGAUGCUGACAUAAAAUUGGCAGAGAAUGUCUCCGAGGAAGAGAAUGCGCCGUUCAUGGAUCAGAUACAACAAGUUGAUGUUCUUAAGGGGAACAACAGGAGUAGACGCAAAUCAACCGUCUCGUAUUAUCCUGUCCAGCCAGCCGCUCCUUCGCCUACCAUACUGGAGAGUGAGAAGAAUCUGGAAUUCAUGCUUCAAGAAGUUAAAGCCUACCAAAACGACAAGGAGACUAAAUACCAACCGGAAGCUGAAAAACAGUGGGAAGCUCAACGAAAUCUGCCGGAGUCACCACGGAAGGAUAUGGAUUUCCAAGAAGUCACCGAUCUUAUCAAAGGCAAACAGAUACAUCCAGGUUUUCACCGGUUGGCAACCGAUGAUGGAGUUUUUGGGAAGGUGUCUCCCACCCCAGAUGAUCCGUCUCUCUUCUGA